AUGACUUCUAAGGAAAUCGAACCCAAAACAUACCCGGAGAAGGGCCCUGGUCCGCUGGAGGAUGGUGCCGACGGCAUGCCACCACUUGAAGAUAAGACCAAAAGUCGCUGGGAGCGCAGCUGGCCUACUAUUGCUUGCGGUGCUGGUUUAUUCUCUGAUGGUUAUCUCAAUGGCGUCAUUGGUCAAGUCAACACAAUUCUGAGUACCAUCUAUCCGGAUGCCUACGCCAACUCUACGGCCAGCCAGAAUGUCUCAUCAAUUGCGUUCGUCGGCACUGUGGUCGGAAUGCUCAUCUUUGGCUACACGAGUGACCAUUGGUCGCGCAAGUGGUCCUUGAUGAUUUCGACCAUCAUCCUAUUUGUUUUCGCAGCUCUCUGCGCUGGUUCCUAUGGUUACCAUGACAGCACAUAUGGACUGUUCGCUGCGCUCACGGCAUAUCGGUUUUUCAUUGGAAUCGGCAUUGGUGGCGAAUAUCCGGCCGGCUCGGUCGCCUGUGCAGAGAAUACGGGCGAGCUCAAGCAGGGCCAUCGCAACCGGUGGUUCAUCAUGUUCACCAACUUUCAAAUCGAUCUUGGGUUCGUGGUGUCGGCUUUGGUGCCCAUGAUUGUGUGCCUGGCCUGCACUUCUGAUCAUCUGCGAGCGGCCUGGCGUAUCUCCUUGGGCUUGGGUAUCAUUCCUCCCUUGAGUCUGGUCUACCUUCGGUACAAGAUGCAGGAGCCCGAGGAAUUCAAUCGCCAACGCAUGCACACUUUCCCACUGAGACUGAUCGUUAAGUUCUACUGGAAACGCUUGUUUACCGUCUCCUUGAUCUGGUUCAUCUAUGACUUUUCUUCGUACUCCUUCGGUCUGUACUCCUCGAAAUUCCUGGCAUUGAUCUUGCCGUCGACUGCACCACUCUGGAAGACUUUCGGCUGGACUACUGUGAUCUAUCUCUUCUACAUGCCCGGAUCUUUUCUCGGGGCUCUUUGCAGUGACUGGCUCGGUCCUCGUCAGACACUGGCCAUCGGGGUUGCUCUUCAGGGAGUGGUUGGAUUCAUCAUGUCCGGAUGCUAUGAGUGGCUUGCCACUACGGAGUAUAUGGGUGCUUUUAUCGUGGUGUACGGUGUCUUCCUGGCUCUGGGCGAAUUUGGUCCUGGUGACAACAUUGGCCUGGUCGCGGCCAAGACUAGCGCUACCGCCAUUCGGGGACAGUAUUACUCUUAUGCCGCGGCCAUUGGAAAGAUCGGUGCCUUCGUGGGCACAUACGUUCUUCCUAUUGCUCAAGACAAUGCCCCCAACAAGGUCCGAGCUGGUCAAGAUCCUUUCUUCAUCUCCAGCUCUCUUUGCAUCUUCAGUGCUUUCCUGGCCUGGUUCCUUCUGCCCCAGAUCAACCAGGACACCAUUACCCACGAGGAUGAGAGGUUCCGCGAGUUCCUAGCCGAAGAGGGCUACGACACGUCAACCCUGGGCAAUUAUUAA